GUCUCUACGUUGUUCAAUAUUUUAAUGUUGUGUUUCCAUUUUUAGCUCCAACCAGACUACUUGACACUAAAUUCCAAUAUUAAUUUAUUAUUUGUAUGCGUGUGCUUGCAUUUAUGUUUCAAAUUUUUGCAAAUGAUAAUUUUGCAUAAAAUGUCUACUUAACAGAAAACGUAUCUAAUGUAUAUAUUCUAUUUCUAUGAUCUAUUAUAUACUUGCGGUUAAAUGUCAAAUGUAACUUUUGUGUCAUUCUAUUUCAAAAGAAUUGUUUUGUUAGAAAAUUAUCUUAAGCUUAAAAGAUAUUUAAAAAUGGUUUCUGUUAAUUUGAAAGACUUGGUGGAAAACGGUUUUGAAUUCACAGUCAACCAAGAAGAUGUAGAGGAUGAAGAAGCAGAUAUAGAGUAUAAAAAAAAUUUGUUACAGUUUAUGAACAUGCAAAUAGCAGGUUAUCAGGAUGAGGAUACAUACGUUCAGGGUCAACCAUUUGAAACAAUAUCUUCAAAGAUGAUAAAUAUAGUAGAACGAGGUGCUAUUAAAAAAAGGAUUAUUCGAGAUGGAUAUGGAGAGAAACCUCAAGAUUCCGAAACGGUUUACAUACAUUACAAUGCAUACAUUGAAUAUAAUGCAGAACCCUUUGACUCUACUUAUGCUAGGAAAAAACCACAUAAAUUUCUCGUGAAUUGUGGAAAAGUUAUUAUUGGAUUAGAUAUAGCUGUUCAAAGUAUGAGAAUAAAUGAAAAAUCUCAGUUCUUAAUCCAACCAAAUUUUGCCUACGGUAAAUUAGGUUGCCUUCAAAGAGUCCCACCUAACACCGAAGUUCUAUUUGAAAUAGAGUUAUUGCAGAUAGUUAAUGCUGGUGCAGCCUUAAGAUUUAUUGAUUUACCAGAAGAAGAGCAACGUAAAUUUACCAAAGUAUAUGAGUAUUGUUUAGCACUUUGUGCUAAAGCUAAAGACUUAUAUGUAAAAAAUAUCAAUGCCGCAAUUAAAGAAUAUAAUAUAGCUGUGAGUAAACUGGAAAUAUGUCAGCUAGAAACUGAAGAUGAUCAAGUAAAACAACAGGAGCUACUUUUAAAAUUGUAUACAAAUUUAUUGGUUGCAUAUACAAAAACUGGAGUGCCUAGAAAAGGUUGCAUAAAUUUUAAUAGAAUCAGUGAAUUGAUUAAAGGCACUGAUAUAAAAAUGACAGCCAAAAUGUACUACAAUAAUGCCAAGUGCUUGAGAAUGUUGGGUGAAUUUGAUUUGGCAAAAAAACGAUUGAAUUUGGCUCUUAAAUUAGAACCCAAAAAUCCUGAGAUAUUAAAUGAGAUGCUAACAUUAGAUAUGAAGAUUAAAAGUUACAAAGAGAAAGUGACUCAAAUGAGCAAAGGCCUAUUUUCUAACGCUAAGCAGGAUUAAACUUAAAAUGUUGGAUUUAAUUACUCUUUCAAUUUUUUGUUUACAUUAUUUCAAUAUCAGUGAACAUAUCCUAAGUUUAUAAAUGGUUUAUUACUUUAUUACUUUCAAUUUUACAAAGUGAAAAAAAAAAAUAUGUGAAAACACUUACAGUUAUAGUUUAACCUUAAAGUUUAUACUUAAUAAGAUGAAAGUGUUUAGAAGAUAUUUGUGCCAAUUUCUUCAUUAUUAAUUAUGUUAUAAAAUUAAUAUUGAAGAUUAAUUCUAAAUUUGGCUAAAAUUGUUUAUAAACCAUUUUCAGUUCAGAAAAAUUUGUGAUCAACUUUAAGUUUUAUCUCAAAUAUGGGAAUCAUUUUUUAAUUUUAAUCUAACUAUAAGAAUUUUACGUUUAAUUUGUUGAUUUUCAUAGGAGGUAUAUUAUCUCCUUUGUAGUUAGGGUCAGGCCCGCUUAGGCUAAGCUUUGGUACUUCUGGUGAUGUCUUGAACAUGCCCUUGAAACUCAUCUCACUCAAACCUCAAGAAGUCCAUUAGAAAAUUAGAAUGAGUCUCCUUUUAAUCUACAGACAUAAAACUAAUACUUGAAAUUCAAUAAAAUGAUCUUAUUUGUAACUAGAUAUUAGUUUUUUAUCUACUACUAAUAAACAUUUAACAUUUUAUCCCAUUAUGAUAUUUCUUGUUUUAGUUUUUCUGUUUUGCCAUUUGAUGUAUUCAGAACACAUUUGGAAUUGUUCUUCUGUGCUCCACGAACAUAGAAUUUUAAAUCCCAAACGAACUUUAUUCGCACCGCGAACGCACAAUUUCAUACUGCCCAUGAAUCUGAUGACAGAACAGAUGUUAAUGAUUAUUAUUUAUUAAUUAUAUGACAGUAUUAAAUUUAAAUAUACCUAAUGAGUUCUAGGCCUAAUAUUAAUAAACAAAUUAUAAUAUAAAAAAAAUAUAAUUAUUUUGAAAUAUAUUUUCUCUUUUUACCCACAUUUUUCAGAACGUCUAACUAAAGCUUCUAUGCUACUAUAAAAAUAUGAUGCAUCUUUAGAGUCAAAAUUUUCUCACACCGCUUGUUUAAUUUCAUUGUUGCUGUUAUAUCUUGAACUUUGCCUUUAGCUUUUCGAACCCAAAUUAGUCAAACGGGGCUAGAUCAGGGUUAUAUGGUGGGUGCUCAAUUUCUGUGAAGCUACAUUUUUCUAAAGUAGCCUUGGAAAGCGAAGCAGCGUGGAUUUGAGUAUUGUCAAGAAACAACCGCGCACCUCUACUAAUUUUGCCGCGCCUUUUUUCGAUAAUUUUUUGGCGCAACUGCCUCAGUAGGUCAGAGUAAUAUACAACGAUCACGGUUCUAUUUAAUUCAUUAAAGUCAAUCAAAAGGAUGCUUUUGUACUGCGUUAAGAAGUCGAGAAACCUACCUAGCACUAAUUUUUGUUAUAUUUCUAUGAACACUAAUGUAUUUAUGAUGAUUUAACUUCUGCAAGCCUUACUCCAGAACAUGUAUAAAGGCAGCAAAUGAAGCUAUGUGUUGUUAAUAUCAAAUUGUAAGGAUAAAAUUCAAUACCCAAAGAAGUUUAGUCGUAAGGGAUGGAAAAAAUAAGUGAUAAUGGUUAACGUAAAUAAAACCAAAGCCGCAAUAAUAAAAGAAAAUCAAACAGACGAUUAUAGAAACACUAUAAAGAGUAACUACAUUAAUAUCUUUGAGAUGUACUGACAGAAGAUCGUAGAAUAGAUGCAGAAAUAGCUAGUAAGACGAAUACAUUGACAAAACUUCAUUGAACGAUAUUGGAGUAUAAAAAAGUAGAUAUGGAUGUCCAAAUCCAAUAGCCGUGCCAACUACAAUAUUUGUAUCAAAAUAUUGGAGAAUUAAGAGGAAAGAUGAGGCAAUAGAAAUGAAAAGUGGAGAAAAUGAAGACAUUAAAAAAUCAUCAGAAGAAGAAUCAAUAUUAGAAAAAAGUAAGCAACAUCUGCAUUCGUAUGGAUAUAUAAAAGUGAAAUGUGACAGAUAAAAAAGAAAAAUAAUAUACGCUGAAGGAAUCAAGGGAGACUGGAACCCUUAUCCGAUAGCUGUAAAGGUAAAAGCAGAGAAGGAAAAAUUUCGUAGCUUGAAAAACGUUAUUUUUGCUAGUAAAGAAUAACCUUAAGCGUAAGUUUAUUAGUGCAUAUAGGGUAAGCACAUAUUUUAUUAAACCCGGUCGCUAUUCCAAUUUCAAGAAUAUCAUUUUAUCAACUGGUUAAGAUAUUUGCCACUAAAUAAACAAGCAGAUAUAUGGGUAGAAUAUUUUGAUCUGUCGUUGGUUGGCCAACUGUACAUAUAAUAUUAUUAAUAAUUAUUUAUUUAUUUAUAGGAAGUUUUCUUCUUCUUCGUCCGAAUUUAAAAUCUACAGAAUUCCACGUUCACAGCCCCCCGUUCGCACCUACAGUCUCGUCUUGCAAAUUUGCAGUAUGGAUUUAUCAAGAGAAAAUGGA